AUGGCCACAAAGGGACUCAAGGCCAUCGCGCCUGUUCCCACCGCUGCCGAUUUUUUGGACAUCGUUCUCUCCAAGACCCAGCGCAAAACUCCAACUGUUAUCCAUAAAGGAUUUAAGAUCAGUCGGAUCAGAUCGUUUUAUAUGAGAAAAGUCAAAUUUACGCAAGACUCGUUCGAUGAAAAAUUGGAAGCUAUUUUAUCAGAAUUCCCAAUCCUUGACAACUUGCAUCCAUUCUUAUCAUCGCUACUUAAUAUCCUCUAUGACAAAAACCAUUACAAAUUGGCCCUCGGUCAAUUGAACACCGCCAAGCAUUUAAUCGAUCAAGUUGGAAAAGAUUAUUGCAGAUUGCUGAAAUUCGGAGAUAGUUUAUAUCGUUGUAAACAGUUGAAAAAGGCUGCACUCGGGAGAAUGGCAACCAUCAUGAGACGACAGAAAGAACCUUUGGCUUAUCUAGAACAAGUCAGACAACACAUGUCUCGUCUGCCGACCAUCGACCCCACCACACGUACACUUUUGAUCUGUGGCUAUCCCAAUGUCGGAAAAUCGAGUUUUAUGAACAAAGUCACCAGAGCGGACGUGGACGUCCAACCGUAUGCAUUCACCACCAAGAGCUUAUUCGUUGGUCACAUGGAUUACAAGUACCUCCGAUGGCAGGUCAUCGAUACUCCUGGAAUUUUGGAUCACCCGUUGGAUGAAAUGAACACAAUUGAGAUGCAGUCAAUCACCGCCAUGGCCCAUUUGCGAUCAUGUAUUCUGUACUUUAUGGAUCUUUCCGAACAAUGUGGAUACACCGUCGAAGCUCAGUGUCAACUAUUCCAAUCGAUCAAACCUCUGUUCGCCAACAAGCCUAAAUUCAUCGUUGUGAAUAAGAUUGAUGUAUGCAAGAUCGAGGAUUUGGAACCCGAGCGUCGUCAGAUGAUUGAGGAAAUCAUAUCUCAAGAGGAUAUCCAAUUGCUGCAAGUUUCGUGUUUCAGUGAAGAGGGGGUGAUGGAAGUCCGGAAUCAAGCUUGCGAUGCUCUCUUAGCCCACCGAGUCGAGGCCAAGGAAGCCACCAAGCGGGUCGAAAAUGUUGCCAACCGUAUCCGGGUAGCCAUGCCUGUCAAACGAGAUAACGUGGAGCGAAAGCCAUUUGUUCCAAAAGGCGCUAUGGAAAAGAAGAAAUACGACGCAGCAGAUCCCGACCGUAUUACCUUGGAGAAAGAUCUGGAGGCUCAAAAUGGCGGUCCGGGUGUAUACUCUGUUGAUCUCAAGAAAUCCUACUUGCUUGCUAAUGAAGAUUGGAAACAAGACAACAUACCCGAGAUCAUCAAUGGGAAGAAUGUUGCAGACUUUGUUGAUCCGGAUAUUCUCUCUAAACUGGAAGAGUUGGAGCUGGAAGAAGAAAGGCUAGAAGCUGAAGGAUUUUACGAGUCGGACAACGAGGAGUAUGAAGACUUGAACUCGGAUCAAGAGGAAGCCAUUAAGGUCACUGCUACUUCGAUCCAAGCUCAAAAGAAGAUGAUCCGAUCGGAUCAUGCAAGAAGAAGCCACCAGAAUCUCAACCGAGCAGUCAUCGCUCGACCGGACCGACCAGCAAUGAAAUUAAGCGACAUGUUGGGCCGAAUGAAGAAAUCUGGAAUCGAGACUGACAAGCUAGAAAAACGAGCGGAGAUCUUGGCGAAAGCGAAACGACUAGCCUACGAAGCGUCGACUCAAGAGAAGAAGCAGAAGAAGAGGAAAGCGGGAGAGGAUGGGGAUGCGAUGAACAUCGAUGGAGACGAGGAAGCUUGGACUUCUCACGAUGAUGAUGGGGAUGACGAUGAUGCGAUGGAUGUGGAUGGCGAGAGUAACGCGAAGCGGAAGAAGGGCAAAGGAGACCAUGGAAGCUUCAAAGUCAAGCUGGGUGGCCGAAUCGAUCCCAAACGUGAACCGAUGAAAGAUCGUCGGGUCGCUGGUAUCGGCAGACCAAGCGAAGAAGUCAAGGCCAGAAAGCUUCAACUACUCCAAAGAAGGGGUCCUAAUCGUUUGGCCAAGGCUGGUGAAGCUGAUCGCCAUAUCCCUACCAAAAUGCCCAAACACUUGUUUGCUGGAAAACGGAAAUCGGGAAAGACCAACCGACGUUAA